GGCUGAUUUCAGAGAGAAAGGGGGAUUAUUUCAGCAGAAGGGGAAGGAAGGAGCUGGCAGAUUUUGUUCACAUCAGUAAAUGGGGUAGCAAGAAGGGUGUGCAAAAACAGUGCAGGGGUGUUGCAUCGCUUUCCAUGUGCCCCUCAAUUUAGCCCAUGGCCCCACCCUAUACCUCUGAGGGCAUUUCCGUCUUUGGGAAGAAGAGUGUGAAAGUAUGUCUGUCCUCCCUCACAGCAUCCUUCCUUCUCUUGCUUUCUGCUCACUUCGUUCUCUUUUCUCUGGGGCUCGCUCUCCAAAAAACGGCGAUGGGCUGGUUUUGGGGUGGAAUUGGUUUUGUGUAGAGGAAAGGCAUUUUGAAAGAGGUCACUUCUGCUGAGUUUUCUCCCAAAAAUGGGGUUACAUGGAAAAGAUGAUGUGUGGCAGUGAGACCUGGGUGUUCCUGCUGCAGACACCAUGUUGGGCCAGAACAUCUUGAAAUUACGUGCAGUUGGGUACCUAAUGAGCCCAAUUUCCCCGAAGGUGGCCCCUCAGUAUGGGUGGCUAGAGCAUCUUCCCAGUCCUCAUUGGUACUCAACUAUUCCCAGCAGCUGGGUUAACCUGGUGCUGUGCAGGUGUGUGAUCCCUGCCACGCCGUCCUCUUUCUCAGCGUACCCAGAGUCUUGCUCCAUUGCGCCUGUGUCUCUGCUCUCGAAUCUUCCAGUGGAAAUGGUCCAGAUCUCCCUGUGCCGCUCCUCCCUCCCUCCCUCCGCUGCUUAGGCUCUGUACUCUGCCUUGAAGUCUCAGGCAGGUGUUCAAAUAAAUAAUGCAGCUAAAAAUACCUUUUGGCAGCAGCUGGAGGUUGUUGCGAACGGCACUGCCGGAGUGGUGGGAAUACAGCAUCCCAGCUACACGGGCAGGUGUGUCUGCGUGCUCCGGAAAAGCGAGAGCAAGCACUGUGGGGACGAGGGUCUGUCUGCCUUCUGGGUCCACCAUGGCCCCACGGACAAACCAGAGCAAUGAUUCUGUGCUCCUUGGCUUUGAAGCAGGCGUCGCUUUUGCCGAGGUUGGCUUUCAGUGGAAGGAUGCUGCCGAGCGGACCUGCCAGCUGCAUCCUAGCUUGUGGAGUAGUGUCAUGGUUGCCCCGUGCUCUGGCAGCAUCAGCAGGCAUUAGGAAACAAUCGUUUGCGCUGUGGUAGCAUCUCAAGCCAUUUCCCCUUUGGGGAAUGGUUUGCAGGCUGGAUCGUGCAGCUGUCUCGGGCAAAGGAUGCUGAGCUCUUCCCAGCCAUCUCCAGAUACUGCAAGAGCACUCGGCACCUCAGGCUUUCGGUCUAGUUCACUGGAACUGGCUGUUUAAAAAUCUUCCUAAAAACUCCUCUGCUGGCUGUCCUUUCCUGGGGAGACGUUCCAGUUGAAGGUAACUUCUGGUGGCUUUGUCUCCUCCCUUUACCCACCUGGACCCGGCAGCCUGGAUCCCAGUGGGUACAGCAGGCUCCAUGUCCACUAGCACUUGUCUCCUGGCUCUGCUUGGAGACCUUUCGAGAACUCCCCUGGCAGCAAAUAGUUGUACGACAGCUUUAAUUAUCACAAUAGGAACAUUGCUGGGGGCAGUUGGCCACAAAUAAAACUGACCUUGGUUUUCCUCUUCCCCAGCUGAUAGCAAACCCUUUGCUGCGGGUCAGAGCUGCUCCCACUCCGAUGCACAGAAGAGAAGGGAUGCUAGCCUGCUUUUCUCUGGUGUCCAUCCGUUUUUGGGGAAUGCUGGCCACUUUCUGUACCAGCUGUGGACUUUUGGUGGGUUGUCCUUGUGUACCUCAGCUUGGAGAGCAAAAUGUCUUGUUAAUGAGCCACGAAACAGUCCUGCCAGUUUGCAAAGAUAGGGGUUAGGUAAGCUAGUAAUACUCCAGAGCUACAUGCUUCUCAGGAGGGCUGAGACCUGGUCCUGCUCAUGGUGCUGGCAGUAGCCUGUCAGCCCUUCAGUACUGGCUGCCCUUGCUUCGCCCUCUAUAGGAGCAGGGUAAGGUGCUGGUGGGGCUGACAUGGUGGCUGACGGUCACCUGUGGUCUCGGCAAUGCCUGAGUAGUGCUUUAGUCCUGCAGUGCUGCUGCCUCAUAGUGGUUUUUGCCAUGGCUCCUUUUGAGGCCCAAAAAGAUGAAGCCAAAUGGCAUGCUGGAAAACCUUCCUGACUCCAAGGGAGAUGCUGUCUAGGAAUUGCUGGCUGCCUUUCCAUGCUUUUUGGGUGUAUUUGGCCUGUUUUGAUAGCAGAAGUGCAAGCACAAUGCGAGCACAGCUAAGGAUUGGACAGCUUUUUGAGUUAAAACAUGUUUCAGCAGUUGUGUGGUGGUCCAGCUAUGGUGUGGUGGCCCAGCGCCUGCCCCCACAAGCGCAUCCGCAGUGACUUAUCUCAGUCCUCAGGGCUGGGGCUUUUGCUGUGGCUCAACAGCCUGCUGCCAGCCCGUGAAAUGCAGUCAGAGCUACGCGGAUGCCACGAGCCAGGGCAAGCUGACUCUUCCCAUCUCAUCCCACAGAGAACAAACAGAGCUCAAGUGCUGAGCAUCCGAGGAGCACAGGAAGAGGAGCCCACGGACCCCCAGCUGAUGCGGUUAGACAACAUGCUCCUGGCUGAGGGGGUAGCAGGCCCCGAAAAAGGAGGCGGCUCUGCCGCUGCUGCCGCUGCUGCUGCAGCAUCAGGAGGAGCCGGCUCUGACAACUCGGUGGAGCACUCUGACUACAGAGCCAAACUCUCCCAGAUCCGGCAGAUCUACCACACGGAGCUGGAGAAGUACGAGCAGGCAUGCAAUGAAUUCACCACCCACGUGAUGAACCUGCUGCGUGAACAGAGCCGGACCCGACCUAUCUCACCAAAGGAGAUAGAGCGGAUGGUGAGCAUCAUCCACCGCAAGUUCAGCUCCAUCCAGAUGCAGUUGAAGCAAAGCACGUGUGAAGCUGUCAUGAUCUUGCGCUCCCGAUUUCUGGAUGCACGGCGGAAGAGACGAAACUUCAACAAGCAGGCUACGGAAAUCCUGAAUGAGUAUUUCUAUUCCCAUCUCAGCAACCCUUACCCCAGUGAGGAAGCCAAAGAAGAGCUAGCCAAGAAAUGCGGCAUCACAGUCUCACAGGUAUCAAACUGGUUUGGAAAUAAGAGAAUCCGGUACAAGAAGAACAUAGGUAAAUUUCAAGAGGAAGCCAAUAUUUAUGCUGCCAAAACGGCUGUCACGGCUACCAAUGUGUCAGCCCAUGGAAGCCAGGCUAACUCACCCUCAACUCCCAAUUCAGCUGGUUCUUCCAGUUCUUUUAACAUGUCAAACUCUGGAGAUUUGUUCAUGAGCGUGCAGUCUCUCAAUGGGGAUUCUUACCAAGGGGCCCAGGUUGGAGCCAACGUGCAGUCACAGGUGGAUACCCUUCGCCAUGUUAUCAGCCAGACAGGAGGAUACAGUGAUGGACUCGCAGCAAGUCAGAUGUAUAGUCCGCAGGGCAUCAGUGCUAAUGGAGGUUGGCAAGACGCUACUACCCCAUCGUCGGUGACCUCCCCCACAGAAGGCCCUGGCAGCGUUCACUCUGAUACCUCCAACUGAUCUCCCAGCAAAUUGCAUCCCUGGCUGAGCCGGCCCCGGCGGGGGCAGGAGGGGAGGGGGCCUCUCCUAACACCGCAGCAGUCAGACUGGAGGUGAACCCAAUCAGCACACACAAGAAGACUCCUUCUCUUCUCUUCUCUUCGUCGGGAUGCUUUUUUCAGCCAAUCUGGACACUUCUUUAUACUCUCUUCCCUUUCUUUUCUGGGUAGAAGCCGCUGUCUCCCUCCCUGCCACUGCCACAACACCACUCCCUUCCCCUCACUCCUUCCCACCGAAGGAUAUGUCAACAGGUAGAAGGAUUUUAAGGAGGAAAAGCAAAAAUCAACCGCCACCACACAAAACAACCCCAAAGCAGUGUACAGCCUCAUACUGGGCGUCUUUCUGAGGAGCCACAAACGUACCUCAGUCAUGUCUCGCUCCUUUACUAGCAGGCAGCCUCCCUUACUCCCCUCGUCUCACGCUACCUCUCCGUAGGGAAACGCCACCGCAGUCCUGCUGCUGCCUCGUCUCUGCUGGCCCUGGCCACAGCCAGCACCUCACCUCCCUGCGCCCAGCCCUGCCUUGGUGAGCUGUUCCCCCGGCGCUGCCGGUGAUGGGUGGGUGGACACAGCCUCUGUGCAUGUAGGAGAAGUUGGCAUGCUCCCCUUUGCUUCCAAAAGGUACCAGCCUAUUCCCAGCCCUGGGUAAACUUAACAGCACUUCCCGGUCCCUGCCCUGCUCUGCCACAAAUCUCACUGGCUGCUGUGGGCUGGAUGAGCCAUGAAACCUCUCCAUCUUCUCUGCCCGCUGUUGGAGGUGAGGAGAGGAGGGAAGGAAGCGAGGCAGAGGCAGGUGAGAAAUAGCCAUCGCUGAUUACAAAGGUACUGAGCACCUCCACGGUGGUGUACCCCUAGCAGUUUUCUCACAGCACCUGGGGAGGCUGGCAGUGGAGGUAUACCAGGUGAGGAAAGUGUCACGGGGUGUUUCUGUUUCUGGGACUGUGCCGCGCUGCAGAAGAGGAGGAGGUGGGUUCCCCAGUGCAGGCAGGACCCACAGAGGAUGGUGGCACUUGCUGCAUUCCCAAAGCUCUGCCAGGCAAGCAGCGAGGGAUGGGCAGCAGGAUCCUAGAGGCUGGAUGUGGUGGGGUGAGUGCAGUGUGUGCUUUCAGUAAUGGUUAAUGCAACAGCUCUGUAGGACAAGUGCGUGCCCCUCUUGGGGAUGUCUUUCCGAUAAAGCUCCUGGUUUUAUCCCAGUUACUCUGGGCAGUGGCAUUCGAUACCAUAGGAAAACUCAUGGGAUUUUCUGUCCAGCUUUUCUGGUCUGCUCUUUGGACAGCUGGUGGUGGCUGGUAAGCAGGGCUUCAUCCUGCUGAAACACCCCUUCAGGCAGCUGAUGCUGGGAGAACAUGGCUUUCAUUGAAGAACAGGGUGCGGAGGCACCAGUCUGCCCCUGGCAACGGGCUGAGCUUUGUGCCAUGGUGGUACUUUUGGCCACUGGUUCUUCCAGGGGUGCGAGCAGGUUCUGCUGUCCUGUGGCAAGACCUUGGGUGUUGUUGGGAUCGCUGUGGGUGCAGCAUAAAUAGCAUCUUGUGAUGGAUCUGAAUACCUCUUGGCCACGUCUCAUGCACUUGCACAUCCAUGCCCACCCUGCCCAUGCUGGUGCCAGCCAUCUCGAGAUGGGAACUGCCAGUGCAGAGCAGCCUUAAGCAGGAACCACUUAAAAUUACAGCUCUGCCAAAAAAAAUUCUACCCUUCUGGUGGAAAAAAUAAUGAUGGUUGGCCACAGUGGUGGUGUGCCCACAGCUCUGACAUGCUGUUACCUUGCAGCUCGGGGCCAGCACUGUGAUUCACUUGAAGUGGAGGUGAAGCCUGCCUUUCCGUGGGGAACAAGCCCAGAAGGCUCCAAAACAUCUGCUCUGAAAUUUGUGACCUUUCCCCAAAUACGAGAGGUCCCAGUUUAGUGGAUUUUCUCCUGCUGAGCUGUGGGGUCAGAGUAGAAUGCAAAAGAUAGAUGAGAAACAGCACAAGCUGCCUCUUGCUUGGUUUUUAUAUCUCCAGUCGUGAGACACUCUGUUCCUUUCAGAUCCGUGCCUGGGGUUGGGGACUGUGUUGCUGAGCACGAUGUGGCGGGCGAGGUUUAGGGCUGCCUCCCAGCUGGGAAUAUUUUAAGAGCAAUGAGAAGCUGGUUUCUCCAAGAGGAUGGUUAGGAGGUGUUGCCCAUCUUCCCAAGCUGUGCACCUUCCUGCUGUCCUCCUCCCGUGGCUUCCCACAGUGCAGCCUUUUCACUAUGUCCAGGUUAUUUUAUAUGAAACCGUUCUGGCAAAGCAUUUCAGGGACACAGGCCUGGGUCAGGUCUGCUCUCUGGAGUGGCAGCAGUGCCGUGCCUGUGGGAAUGCCAUGGUACCUCUUGGAAAGCAACCGGGAACGGUCCAGAACCACCCGCUGACUGGAGCUAGCCCAUGCCGGGGCUGCCUUCCCCUGCCCUGCAACUGCUGCCCCUCCUGCCUGCACUCCUUGCCCACAGCACCCCUGUCCUGGGCAGGGCGCUUGCUCCUCCAUGGUACUUUGCAGAUAACCUCCUGGGUUCCCUAGUUGGUCCCUCCGGUUUGUGUUGGCGUAGCUGCUUGCUUGCCUUUUUCUUUGCUUUUUUUAUUUUUGGGUUUUGUUUCUCCUCCCCUUUCGCCUCUUCCCCCAACCCCAAGUGUUGUGGGUUUUUUUCUUCUUCUUUUUUAUUAUUAUUUUUUUCUGCCCAGAAAAACCUGACUUCGAUACCAAAAAAACAAAACAGAAAAAAAAAAAAAAAAAACCCAACAAAAAAACUAACAAAAAACCUGCAGAAACUAAAAAAAAAAAAAAUAAAAACAAAAAAAAAGCCACAAAAAAAACUCGAUGAUUCUUUCAGCUUUAUUAACAUUUUCCAUUGUUUCUUGCGAUUUGUGUCUCGUUCUUUGUAGUAUUGAUGAUAACGAACAUUUGAUAAUGAAUGUUCUUGUAUAUUCAGAUAAAGGAGAAAAAAAAAACCAAAAACGCAGUCGGAAUUUAAUAGUGUUUAUAAUAAAAGAAUAAAAAAUGACCCUCUUAGCACGCAAAAUUGAACAGGGUGAAGGUCCCAUCCCUGUUCUUUCUGUGGCAACAAGCGCUUCAUUCCUGUAUAGUUUAUAACAUCGAACUACCUACAUUCAUCUUUUUUUUGUUUGUUUGUUUGUUUUCCCAUUAUUUUUUUCCAUUUUCUCGCAUUUGUGAACUAGUUCAAGAAUGCUAGAAAAGUGUAGAGUUGUGCACACUCAUUUCUUCUUACACAAUGUUUAAAAAGUGACAGUAAUUCAUUUUGUAAAACUUUAAAAAGAAAAAAAAUGGUUGGAAUAGUGAGCAUUAAUAGGUACAGUCUAACACUUUAUGUUUCUUAACGUUGAGACCCAGAAAUUACCUUUUUUUUUGGCAUUAUUUGGGAGGGGAGGGGGGGCUUUGAUGAUGAUGCUGAGUUUAUUUUGACCUAUCUGAGACAUCGGCCUUGCCGGUUCCCCUGCGCUUUUGAGCUGUGUGCCAAGUGAUGUGAAAAGUGAUGGUGGUGUUGGGGGGGCAGGGGAAUUGUCUCUUCUCCAGGGGGGAGAGAGACCCACUCCUUUUGACACCCAACCCAGAAGAUCCUUGGGUGGCUGCUUUGGGGCUGAAUUGGGGGGUUACGUCUCCAGAGAAGGAUGUAGUCCCAUGGGAUUUUUGGGGAGUAGAUGCUGAGAGGUAAUGGGGAGUCGGGUGCUGAGCUGCUUGGAAGUGAUGAAAGGGCAUGAAUCCUCCCCAGAAUGUGUAGGACAGUGGGCUUCAAUGCCUUUAUGCUCUGCCCUGAAUGCCGGUGGCACCCCUGCCCCAACGGUUUGCUGCAAGAGCCCUGGAUUGGAGGCACCCAUCAGCCCAACCACAGCUCUUGGCCCGAAAAUCAAGUUCAGAGCAAGGACGGUACCAACCUCAUUUCGGUCAUGGACCUUGUUGAGGAUGAGGUCUCAAAGCCUGGCCCCAAGCCCCAGUGGCACAAGGUUGCUGGGAAGGAUGAGGGACAAGGGGCAGGAGAUGGCAGCCUCCCAGCCAUGGUGGGACACAGCCAAAAUGCCCCCAAAUAUAGCCCUAAAUCUCUGUGGCUGCAGACUGGGGGUUCAAGGAGAAGUGCUGAGGAAGAUGCUGGUGGGCACCGCUUUAGUUUUCUCUUAAAACAGUUUCCCUGUGCCCCCUCCCCACAAAAAACCCAGCUUUUCACAUCACUGAAUGUUUUAGGGUUUGGGGUGUUAUUUUUACUCCCAAGGUUUCCUGGAGUCCUUUUGUUUUCAUACACCUUUAUUAUUAUUAUUAUUAUUAUUAUUAUUAAGACUAUGUAAAUCAGACGUUGCCUGGGGGGUUGGUUCUGUCGGUUUGCCUUUUUUGUUCUUGCAAAGCCCUUUCUAUCCCUUGUAAAGAUGAUCCAGUUGUUCUGAGUUGCUUUUUCUUUUCUAUUUUUUUCCCCCAUCUUUUUUUUUUUGUUUCCUCUUCCUAAUGGAUUCCAAAUAAAAAAAAAAAAAAAAAAAAAAAAAAAGGAAAGAAAAGAAAAACCCAAAAAAAAACCCCUCUCUGUUCCGACCUGGUUUUGAAACUUUAAGCUUUUCUGCUUCUGUAAAGAAAAAAAAUAAGGCCUCUGUCUUUCUGAUCCCAAUUGAGACUUUUAUGUUCUAUGACGAUACUAACAAGGUGUAGGUUUUACAGUUUCCUGAUUUGUACUGGUAAUGCAUAUUCCAAAUAAAUAGUUUCUUUUGUUGCAAAAAAAA